AUGCCGGAAACUAUUGCUGUGAUAAUAAUCGGUGCUGGACUUAGUGGCCUUGCUCUCGCCCAAAGCCUUUCGAGGCAUAAUGUUUCUUGCAAGGUUUACGAGUCUGAUUAUUCCUUGAAUGCACGUACUCAGGGAUACCGCGUUCGAAUAUCAGAUGAAGGAAUACAGGCCCUGGAGGAGAGCCUUACAAAAGCGGACUUUUCUAUACUGGAGUCGUCCUGUAACAUCAGCCCAGGUCCAUCAAAUGUACCGCAGGCAACACUUGAUGCAAUAAGCGGCGGUACGUGUGGUCCCCUGUUUCGGCCAGGGGCGAAAACCCCAAUGCCCGCAAGCCCACUUCGUAAACCGUUAAGUGCGGAUCGCGGUGUCCUGAGACGAAGCCUUCUUGAGGGAAUUGAGGAUCGCGUUGUAUUUGGAGAAAGGUUCAAAUAUUACGUUGAAGCAGCCAAUGAAGAGAUCAUCGCGCAUUUUGAGAGCGGCCUUGAAGUCAAAGGAUCGGUUUUGGUCGGUGCAGAUGGGACCUGGUCGCCAGUGCGCCAGAGCCUACUUCCUUCUUUUACUCUCGUGGAUACCGAGGCACGAUUGAUAUUCGGAAAAACAGACCUUAACGAGAAGAUUGUUCAAGAUCUUUCGCCAGCGGCUCUCCAAGGGCUCACAUUCAUUCGAGACACUGGAUUUAAUUGCCUCCUCGAGCCAAUGCGAUUCAGGAAGGAUAUUAAUGACCUGCCUGUUGAUUAUAUUUACUGGGUGCUUUUCUUGCGUUGCGAUUCUGAGAACACGCCGGAAAACAUUCUAGAUCUGACAUCGACCGAAAUUACAGAUCUCACUAGGCAGCUGACAAGCCACUGGCAUUUUUCUCUAAAGACAUUGUUCGAGAACUCCCAUGCUGGUCAAAGCUCGGUUCUACGUAUUCUCUCUGUCAAACCGAAUAUUCCCGAUUGGGCGCAGGGAUCCAAAGCUUCUGUGCGUGUGACGCUUAUUGGAGACGCAGCUCAUGCUAUGUGCCCAACCGCUGCUCUGGGUGCUACAACGGCAUUGAGAGAUGCAAAUAUGCUCUCCAUGUCAUUGAAGGCUCACGGUAUUGGUCCUCAAGCACUAAGAGAAUAUGAGGACGUGAUGCGGAAAUAUGUCUCGGAGGCUCUUGAUAAUAGUCUUUUAGGGGGGCGGAAUGUGUUUCAAAUGCGGCCGUUUGACCAACUCCCAGAGGUUCAGGCCCGAAAUUCUUCUGUAGUUGACCAUUAG